AUGGCCACUAGAUUCUUUGCAAGGCAGAUCCGCAGGGGAACUUCAACCCCAGUGCAACGGGAAGAACCAAUUCUGAAGUACAAGUUUGAAGGACACAAGAAUGCGAUUUGGAGUUUUGUUUUCUUGCACGACAGUGUCCACAUCGUGAGUGGCUCAGGGGACGGCACUAUGCGCAAGUGGAACUAUGACACGGGACUUGUUGUCGGGGAACCAUGGAAAAGUGAGGGAGGAAGGAUAUAUACACUGGCGCUUUCACCGGACGCGAGGAUAAUUGCGUGUGGGAGAGAGGACGGGAGCGUUCAGCGGUGGACUACCGAUGGUGAGAUGAUCAAAGGCAUUUGGACGGGUCAUAGCAAGGCGGUGCGGUCGCUAUCGUGGUCACCCAGCGGAAGCCAUGUUGCAAGCGGGUCUGACGAUGGAAAAAUUUUGAUUCGAAAUGCGAAAAGUGGAAAAGUGGUGGGCUCGAUCAAGACGAAGCAAGGAGGGGUGCGUGCUCUUGCAUAUUCACCUUCGGGUGAGAGAAUCGCAUCAGGCGGGGACGAUACAAUUCACAUCUGGGAUACGAAGACCAGAAAGCUUGUUGUCAGCCCCAUCACAAACCUGGGGAACUCUGUGACCUCCUUGGUAUGGUCGUCAGACAACACAAAGCUUUAUUCCGCAUCCGACAAAUUCGCACGUGUGUUCGACAGCAAAUCAGCCAAACUACUCCAUUCCUUCGAGCACGACAAUUACUUGUAUUCCAUUGCACUUUCAACCAAACAUAACGUCCUGGUGUGCGUGGGCCUCCAAGGUGUUGCACAGCUAUGGGACACAGAGUCCCAUCAGCCACUCGGCCAGUCAUUCCACCAGAAUCACAACCACCUUUUCCAUGCGUCGUUCUCUCAAGACGGGAGCCAUUUAGCAUACGGUGGAUUCGACCAGAAACUAACUCUAUGGAUGACGGUCAAAGACAUGGUUCCUCAGCUUCCAGCAUCCACACUAUUUCAAAAACGCGAUAAACGAAGAACACAACAGGAAACACGGUCCAAUUCCUCAUCAUCAUCAUGCCUCGACGCUGAUGCUACAGGAGGUAGUGGCUUCGUUGAGGACGCGCACGACGACCCGUAUAAUAACUUCUUCCAGUCUUCGCAGCGAUCUCUUCCAUCGCCAUCGCCUGGCUUCCGUCUCCCCCCAUUGUUUUCGGCUCGCCACCUCUGGAAUGUCGUCCCCCGACGUCACCUACCACCAGACGAGUCCGUUUCACAGGAACGCUCCAAGCGUGGUUUCUUCAGUCGUCGCGCUUCCUCAAACUCGUCUCUGGAGCUCGCAACCAUUAAACACAACCAACCAGUGCCAGAAAGGAAAGUGGGAGAAAGCGAAGGCGAACAAGGUGGAAAUACUGAUAAUCACGGUUCCGUGUAUGAUGCACUCAGCAUCACAAAGAAUAAAGGCAAACAGCGAGAUUAUCCUCCCGAUAACAUGCAGAGCUCACCAUCUUAUGAUCGCACACUCCCCGCCCACCUGGAUAGCAAAGAUAGUCGAGGCCACUGGGGGCGACUAAUGCAGGCUCGAGGUAAAAAUCACACAUUCGGUUUCGGACAUUCUAGCCCUCCACCUGCAAAUGCGCCCCAACCAAUACUGCAUAAUCCCCAGCACUGGAAUUCCAGUGAUGCUUGCCGCGAUGAAGAUAGAUAUGCCAUUGCGCCUGAAUCUGAUGCGGAAGCGGCUGCAGCCAUGCUACGCACGAAUGACGAUAUGGCUGACAGUUCAAUGCGACCAGGUCAACCUGCGUGGUGGCACAAGUGUCUCAAGAACGGCCCACACAAAUGCAAGCCUCGACAAGCAGGCCAGAAGAAAUUGGAGUGGAUUUGUCAUUAG